UGGGCCGAGGAACAAUAGUCGCUAACGCAGCCGUUCAACUUCGUUUCUGCUGUCAGUGUGGUGCUCUGUGGGUCGCGACUCGCGAGAAGUAGAUUUGGUCACUUCCAUCUUCCAACAGUGUAAAAGGCUUCUUCAUCUCCCCUUUUACUUGAAUAAGGUGUUCGAAAUUAUUCUGGUGGCAAAAUGCGUGAAAUCGUCCAUUUACAAGCUGGCCAGUGUGGUAAUCAAAUUGGAUCCAAGUUUUGGGAAACCAUUAACGGAGAACAUGGCAUCGAUCCGACGGGGUCAUAUGUUGGAAACAACAGCAAUGAACUGGAAAGGAUCAAUGUUUACUAUCAGGAAGCUCCAGGUGCAAAAUAUGUGCCUCGUGCGGUCCUAGUGGAUCUGGAACCCGGAACUAUGGACGCUAUUCGAUCCUCUGAAUAUGGCCAGCUAUUUCGACCUGAUAAUUUCAUUUUUGGUCAUAGUGGAGCUGGGAACAACUGGGCUAAAGGACACUACACCGAGGGAGCUGAUUUGAUUGAGACGGUGGUGGAUGUCGUGCGAAAGGAAGCGGAGCACUGCGAUUGUCUCCAGGGUUUUCAGCUGACGCAUUCUCUCGGUGGCGGAACUGGUUCGGGGAUGGGUACUUUGCUGAUAUCGAAAAUCCGAGAAGAAUUUCCCGAUCGUAUUAUGACCACAUUCAGUGUUGUGCCGUCACCAAAAGUGUCGGACACAGUUGUUGAGCCGUACAAUGCCACUCUGUCGGUACAUCAGUUAGUGGAGAAUACAGACGAAACAUUUUGCAUUGAUAACGAAGCUCUGUACGAUAUUUGCUUCCGCACACUGAAGAUGACCAACCCGAAUUAUGGCGAUCUGAACCAUUUGGUGUCUGCCACAAUGUCCGGAGUGACGACUUGUUUCCGUUUUCCUGGUCAGCUGAAUGCCGAUUUACGUAAAUUAGCCGUCAACAUGGUGCCCUUCCCGCGUCUUCACUUCUUCAUGCCGGGCUUUGCUCCACUGACCUCUCGUGGGUCGCAAGAUUACCGUGCCCUAACAGUUCCCGAAUUGACCCAGCAGAUGUUUGAUUCACGAAAUAUGAUGACGGCCUGUGAUCCGCGUCAUGGUCGCUACCUCACCGUGGCCGUGAUCUUCCGUGGUCGCAUGAGCAUGAAGGAAGUUGACGAAAACAUGCUCAGCGUCCAGAACAAGAACAGCAGCCAUUUCGUCGAAUGGAUUCCCAACAAUGUUAAGACGGCAGUGUGUGACAUUCCGCCUCGUGGUCUGAAGAUGUCCGGCACUUUUAUCGGGAACAGUACCGCCAUACAGGAAAUUUUCAAGCGAAUUGGAGAACAGUUCCAAGCGAUGUUCAGGCGUAAAGCUUUCCUCCAUUGGUACACUGGUGAGGGCAUGGAUGAAAUGGAAUUUACUGAAGCGGAGUCUAACAUGAACGAUCUGAUCUCCGAAUAUCAACAGUACCAAGAAGCUACGGCAGACGAUGAAGGACAGUUCGACGACGAAGCAGUGCCUAAUGGUCAUAUUCAGGAGGCCGCUUGAGUUGUUAUAUUUUUGUGCCCUUGAAAACCAUCAUGCUACUCAGAUUUUUAAUUUUCAUGUUUUCAUAUCUACGAUGGUGGUAUUUUUUAGUGUAAAGUAGACUGCGACCUUUUUGAUUAUUAUAAAAUUGCUUAGUAGCGAUGUUUGGAAAAUUUGUGCAUGACUUCUCCGUAGAACUAGAAUGCGUCGCAGCGUUUUUCUUUUCACAAUUGGUCAUUAUUUUCAUGCGGUGUGUAGCAUCAGUAAUUAUUGUCAGCAUCUGCCUUUAUAAUCUCGUACGGAAUUAUUCUGGCUUGUACAUUAAAUUUAAAUCUAGUA